AUGGAAACCCACGUGACAUUUUACUGGGGAAAGACGGGGGAGAUUCUCUUCUCCGGCUGGCCCGGCGCCGGCCGGAGUUUAUUCUCUUACACAGUUGCCUUAUUCUUCGUCUUUCUUCUCGCCUUCACGGUGGAGUGGCUGUCGCACGCCAGGCUCACCGCCUCCGCCGCGAACGACGUCGCUGCCGGCAUGGUUCAGACCGCCAUGUACGGCGUCCGGGUGGGGCUGGCCUUUGUUGUCAUGCUGGCCGUCAUGUCGUUUAACGUCGGAGUUUUGCUCGCCGCGGUGGCUGGAUAUUCAGUCGGGUUCUUGCUUUAUGGGAGUCGGGUUUUUAGCGGGUCGAAGAUUAACCCGAGCUUGGAUCCAUCUGUUUCUGAUCUUCCACCUCUCAACUGUUAAGGUUUCUUAGAUUAUUGAGUAUUCAGUUGAUAACUUAUUAGCAAUAAAACUGUUUGCUUAAGUUUCUU